AUGCAGAAGGUCGCCACCAUACGGAGGACGGGGGGUGGCUAUGACUUGAAAUCCCUUGCGUGGCAUUAUGGCCUGGCCGGCGAGGAGGCGCAAGGCUUUGCAGAGCUCUUUGGAGCCGCUCAGGAUGUCGCGCUCAAGCAGUUUGACUCCCCAGAUCUCUUCCCGAAGUUCGCCUUGUAUGCCGCACGCGACGCGGUCUACACCUACAAGCUCUUCCAUCUUCUUCGUGAGACCUUGCACCAAACGCCGUGGAACAGCGAGGCCCAACGGCGCGACGUCGCGGAGCUCCUGCUGGACGAUCAGGUGGCAGAGGAGCUCCGGCGCUCGCAGAGGAAGCACACAUUCUUCACCAUGCCGCGGCAGGGGAAUGCCGAGGCCGAAGCCCGAGGCGCUGCUGGUACUUCGGGCUCCGUGCAGCUGAGCACAGGGAAAACCAUGUGGGAUUUCUACAACGAGCACCUCUCCUCACGCUUCUCAGAGUGCUUGGUCAACAUGCAGGAACGAGGGAUCUUGCUGGACAGCACCAGCCUGCAGCGCAUCGAGCACGACGCCAGCGCUGACUUCCAAAGGUUGCGGCAACGCUUCCAGGAGCUCCUCCGCGAGAUCCGGGAUCCCCAGGGCCACUGUUUGAACCCCGAUGCGGACAAGAUGAACCUCAACAGCAGUAUGCAGCUUCGGACGCUGCUUUUUGGAGGCACCAAGAACCGGGCAAGCGACGAAGAGCUGGAGGUCAGCAGGAGCUUCCCAGUCUCCAAGGACUCCAUAGAGGACGGACCGAAGAUCCGCCAAGCAUUCCAAGCGCUUCGAGCUGAACAGCUGGCGCUUGACGCCAGGGCGCAAUCGGAAGUUUGUGACGGCCAAGGGCUGGCCUUCCACAUGCAAGGAUGCUCUUGA